CAUGCCACCAUCACUGAAAUCAAAUCACAAUCUGGAUUUUCAUGGGAUGAGGAACUUGGUGCAAAUAUUGGCCCCACUGAUGCUGCAUGGUGGACUGCAUUCGCAAAUGCAUGUCCUGAUACAAAGCCCUUUCGCAACAAGGGCUGGAAGCAUUUUGAUGACAUGGAUGAUCUCUUGCAUGUGCAGAUCAUGCGUGUGUUACAGUACCCCUAUUCUUUUUCUUACCAUCACCAUGGACACCUUAUGGCUGUACUUCUAAUGCUUCCUUUUCACUAUGCUGUUUCCUCAUGGUCUCUCUUAUCUCUGACUCAUACUUUGUUUUCCCAUGAACCUUCCUUUCUUAGCACUUGCUACCCUUUGCCCAGCUUGGUCUGUGCAUGA